GGAAAUUAUACCACGAUCAAACAGAACCCGGGAAAACAAAGAGAGGGCCGCUUAAACGUAAUAUGUGCAGUAAAAGGUAAAUGUGUUUUAGUAGGAGUAGUUCAACAAGAAAUCAAAAGGUUCAAGCAAAACAAGCAAUCUGGAGCAGUGGCAUAUAAAGCCAUCCAUCACUCCCAGUAAGCCAGGCCUCAUUUCCUAGUAAACAAAUAGGAAAUCAGAGAACAGGGAACUGUCAGUGAAGAUAAUGAGAAAUGAGUCUCAGUGCCGUUUGGAUUGGAACAAGUUGUAACAGAUACAAGGCAAGUUUAUGUGACCUCAGAGAAAGUGUGUAUGCAUUAUAUAAAUACAUUAAAUAUUAGAUCUACAGUCUGGGUUAAACAUUAUUAAUGGGAGGCCCCUGUUGGUUCAGUGGCCUAGUUUGCUUGUUUCUUGCGCAUGUGACAUGUGAAAAGAUUUAAUAGGUGUAAAUAUUUUUUCUAGGCUCUGUUAGGGUCUUCUAAAGUCGCUCAGGGCUUUUCUUUGCUUAAAAACAAAGGCCCUGAUUUGACAAUAUUCUCUGCUUUGGUUGAUUUCCAUAUACAGCUGUGCUGUGAUUGGUUGGUUAGGUCCGUUUAUAGAGUUUACUCAGAAAAUCAACAUGACCUCAUUGAUUCAAAGCUCUCCACCUGCUGCUGCAGCCUGAGGUGAGUUCAGACAUCGUCCAGUGAAGCUUUUACAUAAAUGGAGUCUUAAAAAGUCAGGCAGGUUUGUUGAGAAAAAACUAGAAGGUGAAGACAAAGAGCGACUUUUAUGACCGAUUACUAAUGUGCAGUAUGAACAUUUACUGAUGUCUAUACUAUCUAUGGAUUACUUACAGUGUACAGGAUAACUUGUUUAGUUAUUGUAAGAUUACAUUAGCUAGCAAUUUGUGCAAAAACAGGUUCAGGUAGAGAGAAGAUACGGUCAAGUCCGAGAAGGUAUCCAGAAGGUACUCCAAAAGUCCCACAUGUAAUCCUAGGUGAAAGUCCAUGACUCCUGAGGUCUUCUGGUUCUGGUUCUGCUCUGCAUCCCCAGAACCAAACAUGGAGAAGAAUCAUUCAGCUUCUAUGCAUCUGAAAUCUGGAACAAACUUCCAGAAAACUGCAGCCAAAACACGAUGAGUUCCUUUCAACUAGACUAAAAACUGAACUGUUUAGUUGUUUUUGAACCACUAAAAAUGAAGCACUGAUGUGUAUCAAUGAUACUUGGCAAAAUGUAAUGUUUCAACAGUUCACUGUUCUGACUGUAUUUUUGUGUUUUUAUGAUGCAAAGCAAUUUGAACUGCCUUGUUCAUGAACUGCUCUUUGCAAAUAAGCUUGAUCGAUUGACUGAUUGAUAAUCAUUAUGCUGAUCUGAUUCCAGGCGGAGACAUUAUGAGGACCAUGGUCGUUGUCCCAUUGAUGUCUGUCCUUUACUUUGCCUCUGGGCAGCAUUUGGGCCUCAGAGAAGGAAGCUUUACAUUUUAUGAAAUACAGAAACCCUGGAGCGAAGCCCAGGCCUCCUGCAGGGAGCAUCACACUGACCUGAUCACUAUCAGGUCCGAAACAGACAUUCAGGUGCUGGAUGGUACCAGGGGCUGGAUUGGACUGCACAGAGACAACAACACGAGCGACUGGAAAUGGUCCAGAAGAGACGAGGCGGCAACCUUCCUCAACUGGGAAGAAAAUGAACCGUUAGGAAACGAGCACUGUGUCUAUCAGCGGCCGUUCACUAAAAAGUGGGUAAGUGUCCCAUGUGACGCAACACGUGUCUUCAUUUGCCAUGACGACGGGCUGGUUCUGGUGAAGGAGAAUAAGACGUGGGAGGAGGCGUUGGAGCACUGCAGGACUCUGGACAAAGUCCACAGCUACGACCUGGCGACCCUCAUCACCCCCGACGACAACCACUUUGCCCGAGAGACAAGCCAACUGGCAACCACUGAGGAGGUGGGCCGACCGCUGUUUGCUCUGUGGUGCUUUUGUUCACCAGCUCACCCUCUGUUUUUUACGUUGACCUCCCUGCUGCCUGUGGACGGGCCUGCGUUACCUUGUCGAUGAGUGGUUCUGGGUGGGUGGAGAACCGGUGCAGGACCAGGACAUUCCAAGCUGCCCGGGCGUCUGGUGUGGAGUCCUGGAGAAGAACGGCAAAGUCAUCAUUUGGGAUCAGAGACUGCAGACAGAGAAGGAACUUCUUCUGUUAUUUAAAAUCUAAUAUUAUACAGAAAAACUUAUGAAAAGAGGAUCUUCAUUCAUCCAACUUAAACUAGAUGGAUGGAUGGAUGGAUGGAUG